AUGUCUGCUAGUGCAGAAGAUAUUUUACAGCAGUGCCAAUCGUUCUCCAGGUACCAGUGGUUCCAAAUUAUGGUCGUUUUGUGGUGCCAACUUUGCACAGCUUGCAACACUGUAUUUAUGGUGUUUGCUGGUUCCAAGAGCCUAUCUUCAACUAAUGCUACCACCAUCACUCCUGGCUGUGAUCCGAGCGUCUCAUCGAACUGCAGUGGGAGUGACCGCCACUUCCACUCGUUUUACUCUGAAUGGUCAGACGGUGAUUUGUCUGAUUACACAAUUGCCUCAAUGAUGUCUCUUCAGCUGAUCGGCUCGCUUCUCGGAGCGUUGGUCUCCGGUCAGCUCUCUGACUGGUACGGUCGCAAGAUCACCUCCUGGACGUUCUUCUCCAUCACGGUCGCGAUUGUGACUGCAUCGGCGUUGUGCGAGUCGGUCUACGCCAUGAUCGCUUGCAGGUUCCUGAUCGGCUUCUCGACCGGAGCUUAUGACAGUGCGGUCGUCGUGCUGAUGAUGGAAUGGACCCGAGCCGAAAACAGGCUUCUGGUGCAGAACAGUUUGGACUGCAUGAACUCGAUCGGCUUCAUCUGGUUGUCGUUCCUUGCCAUGCAGACAGCCAGUUGGCGAAUACUGAGCCUUGUCUGCGGAUUACAGGGUAUAUUUUGUGUGCUGCUGUUUCGCUGGAUGAUCGAGUCUCCCGUGUGGCUGACCAAGAUGAACCGGUUGACCGAGACCGGACUGACCUUCCGCCUGAUCGCCAGCUGGAACCGCUUCGACUUCUUCACUCCAGCACUCAGAAACACUGGUGUCGACGAAGACGUGUCCGUCAAGCAGGACCGUGUCAAGAAAUGCUCUUACCUCGACCUGUUUCGCACCCGUAAAAUGUGUUCGCGUACCAUAGCCUUAAUGUACAGCUUCUUUUUUACUGGUGUGGUUGGUUUUACCCUGAUUAUUAACAUGGAUAAUUUGUCUGGUGAUAUGUAUGUCAAUUUUGCGUUGUUGGGCGUCGUCAAUAUCUGCUCAGCCAUCAUCUCGUUUGCCAUCGAACGCCUCCUGAAACCUGGUAGAAAGAUUUUUCAUUUUGCCGCUCUGACAGGCGUGAGCUCAAGUGUCGCCGCUCUCUGUAUCCUCUAUAUUAUCGGUGUACAAGAAGACUUACGCAUCCUGUUUGUAGUAUUUUCUCUUUGUGGUUCCAUUUUUUCCUACCCCUUGUGGGUCAUAUGCAAUCUUUAUUCAGGCGAGCUUUAUCCCACGUCAAUCCGUGCGAUGGGUAGCGGCAUCGGAUCGGUGUCUGCUCGAUUUGGAGGCAUAAUUGCUCCUCAGUUGCUCUACCUCAUUCACGUUUCGAAACCUCUUCCUUUCUUGCUCACUGUGAUCUUUGGUCUCGUGAAUAUUUUUGUUGCCGGUUGCAUGUUUCCAGAAACCAGGUCAAAAUCGCUUUUAAAAUUCAUACCAUGUAAAGUAGAGUCGGCGACGUCGCAUCAAGUCACUUGCUUAAUCUUCCGUUUUACGUGUUCCUAUGCAAAGGCGAAACCCAUUUUCCAGUCAUAG